AUGGCUCCGCAGACUCCAGACGCAGCAUCUCUGAAGGCCACGUUCAAAGAGCUCAAGAGGCAGAUCAGAGGGGUGAAAGAAGCGCGCGACCUGCACGAGCGCGGGUCACAGGAGGCGGAGAGGCACGACAAUAUUAUAACCCAGCUGACGGCCAAGAAGGAGCGGGUGAAGGCUGAGCUGGAGCAGCAGCUGCAGCAGCAGCAGCAGCAGCAGCAGCAGGCAGUGGAAGCCCAGCCUCCUGUUGUGGCUGAGCAAGCCCAGCCUCCUACUGAGGAGCAGCAGCAGCAGCAGCAGCAGCAGCAGCAGCAGCAGCAGCAGCAGCAGCAAGAGGAGGAGGAGGGGGCCAGCCAGCAGCCAGGGCAGUUGCUGACCAUAUUCGAAGCGGCUGCGGCGCCCGAGGAGGGCCAUCAGGACACAGUUGAGCAAGGCAUUGACCCCAGGCAGGAGGAGGGCAGUGCCAGCAUGGGUCGUAGGGACCAGAAGAGGGAAUGGAAGCGUGGCAGGAAGGAUGCGGUCGAAGAGUCAGACCCUGAGGAGGCGGCGGCGGCGGCGGCGGCCGGGACUGAGGCGGCGCUGGCGGCGCUGCCGCCAGCGCCGGAGGAGGGGGGGAAUGAGGAGGACAGGGAGGGGCAAGGUGAUGAGGAGAUGGAGGAUGGUGUGGAGGGGGCAGAGCAGCAGGGUGAACAGUCGACGGACACCGACCACGCCAGCGACGACGAACCGCUGGCGGCGAAGCUCCGGCGGGGCGGCCUCGUCAAGCCCAAGGGCCAGGCUGGGGCUGCAGGCGAGGCAGCGGCGGCGCGCGCGUCCAAGGGCAAGGCGGCGGAGAAGCGGCCCGCGCCGCCCGGCCCGGACCACCCCCCCCUGGAGCCUCCCGCCAAGAUCAGCAAGCAGGCGGAGGGCGCGGACGCGAAAAUGCCCGCGGGCAAGCAGCAGCAGCAGAAGGGGGCGGGCCCAUCAGCGCCUCCACCACAGCAGAAGGCGCAGAAGCAGGCGCAGCAGCAGCAGAAGAGUGUGGCGGGCCAGGGCAAGGGCACGGGCAAGGGCAAGGGCAAGGCAGCGGUGGUGAAGAAGGAGCCGGUGGUCAUUCUGCCGGCCCGCGAAGUCGAGGAGGUCGAAGAGCUGGACGUCUCCGAGCUCGAGGAGGAGGAGGAGGAGGAGGAGGAGGAGGAGCAGCCGGAGGACGAGGCGAACCCGGCGGAGGACGAUCUGGAGCUGCAGGGCCCGCUGGAGAGGGCGGCCCGCCUGGCCCUGAGGGAUGAGGACUACAAGAAGAACAACCAGACGAUCGUGGGGGUGGAGCGGUCCGUCCCGUUCGUCCCCAAGGACAUGGCGGAGGAGAAGAAGCUGCAGCUGCCGGUCGGCAAGUGGCUCUGGCCGACGUACAACCUCUGCCGGAGCCACGCAGCGUCCGUCGGGUGGCCCAGCGGCCCCACAGACUUCUCAAACUUCCUCGUGCUGAUGUACCACGAGCUCUGCCUGUCGAACAAGCGCAUCGGCAAGCAGCUGAUGAAGCAGGUCAUGGCCAAGACGGGCGUGGUCCUGGAGCGGCCCGACGUCUUCAAGAAGCCGGACGACCCCUUCAAGAAGCCGGACGCAUGA